CAUAUUUCAUGUCAGUGUAAAUAUUGAUUGUCAUUGUCUGUUGUUCCUACUAACACAGAAUCUUUUUCUGGAUUGCUAGUAGUACAUCAAUUCUUCAUUUUAUACAUGGGUGAACUUCUGAUAAAUUGCAUGCAAAGAAAAUUUUCUAGCAAAAGAGAACUCUAUGUGACAAAAAGAAAAGACUAACAAUAAUUUCCUUUUAUAAUUGUAUUGUUUAAGUUGUAAAAGAGAAUGUUUUCAUGUCAAUGGUAUUUUUUGUCUGGUGUUUGUUUUUUGUGUAUGUGGCAUAUUGUUCAUUUGUGGUAAGAAAUCUGUCUCCGUUUUUGGCUAGUGAGGUAAUAUUAAUAGGAAAAGUAUCAUACCAAUGCAUAUAUGCAUUUCUUCCAAAGGGUUGAUUUUUAAAAUGUGACAUGUCUGAGGUGAACCGAGUCAAGGAAGGGACUUCAUUUAGCAAUAUUAGCCUUGGCUAGCGCAGCCUUUACCUUCACAAAGUCACGAGGAAAACACAGAGAAUAGUGGUGGUGUCCACUAAUGCUAUUACAUCUGCUUCUAUUUAAUUCACUUGAUUUUAAAACACUUCUUUAAACAUAACUACUCAGGGAGCAUCUGAACAAAAUAUUCCAAAACUAAAAAAUAUGAAAUGGAAAAUAAACCAAUAUCUAAUGAAAUACAAAAUUCCAAAUUUUGGAGAGCCACUUAACUAGAAGGAGGCCAUUUAAAGAAUUUAGAUGUCAGACUGAUAAUAUUAACUCCAUCAGAGAAUAACAGACCAAUGUGAACUCCAGGAAACUUUAAGGAUUCCAGGGUUAUGAUUUUCUGUAAUGUUUCCAAAGGAAAAUAUUAUACAACAUUGCUUAAAAUGUCUAUAACACCUACAAAUAAUCUGCUUUUACUAGGAAAAGAAGAACAGUGUUGAACUAUUUGUGUCUCCCAUAAACCGAAAAGCAGGAAUUUCUGACGCUCUGCCAUCCGAGGAAGUGUUGCAUUCACUUAACAUCAAUGUUUUACAUCAAAGCUUAUCCCAAUUUGGAAUCACAGAAGUCUCCCCUGAGAAAAAUGUUUUACAAGGGCAGCAUGAAGCGGACAGAAUCUGGAGCAAAGAAGGAUUUUAUGCUGUUGUCAUUUUUCUCAGCAUCUUUAUUAUUAUAGUAACGUGUUUGAUGAUUUUAUACAGAUUAAAAGAAAGGUUUCAGCUUUCCUUGAGACAGGAUAAAGAGAAACACCAGGAGAUCCACCUGUCACCCAUCGCGUUACAGCCAGCACAGUCAGAGGCAAAGACAGCCCACAGCAUGGUCCAGCCCGAGCAGGCGCCAAAGGUGCCAAACGUUGUGGUGGACUCUCAAGGCCGAUGCACUCCUGAGAUCAAAGCUUCCACCUCCACCUCUGUCUGCCCUUCUCCUUUCAAAAUGAAGCCCAUAGGACUUCAGGAGAGACGAGGAUCCAAUGUAUCUCUUACGUUGGACAUGAGUAGCUUGGGGAAUGUUGAACCCUUCGUGGCUAUUCCAACCCCACGGGAGAAGGUGGCCAUGGAAUACCUUCAGUCAGCCAGCCGAAUUCUCACCAGGUCACAGCUGAGGGAUGUCGUGGCAAGCUCACAUUUACUCCAAAGUGAAUUCAUGGAAAUACCAAUGAACUUUGUGGAUCCCAAAGAAAUUGACAUUCCACGUCAUGGAACUAAAAAUCGCUAUAAGACCAUUUUGCCAAAUCCUCACAGCAGAGUGUGUUUAAGGCCAAAGAAUGUAACUGAUUCACUGAGCACCUACAUUAAUGCUAAUUAUAUUAGGGGCUACAGUGGCAAGGAGAAAGCAUUCAUUGCCACGCAGGGUCCCAUGAUCAACACCGUGAAUGACUUCUGGCAGAUGGUUUGGCAGGAAGACAGCCCUGUGAUUGUUAUGAUCACAAAACUCAAAGAAAAAAAUGAGAAAUGUGUGCUAUACUGGCCAGAAAAGAGAGGGAUAUACGGGAAAGUUGAGGUUCUGGUUAUCAGUGUAAAUGAAUGUGAAAACUACACCAUUCGAAACCUUGUCUUAAAGCAAGGAAGCCACACCCAACUUGUGAAGCAUUACUGGUACACCUCAUGGCCUGACCACAAGACUCCGGACAGCGCCCAGCCCCUUUUGCAGCUCAUGCUGGAUGUAGAAGAAGACAGACUUACUUCUGAGGGCCGAGGGCCUGUGGUUGUCCACUGCAGCGCAGGGAUCGGUAGGACGGGGUGUUUUAUUGCUACAUCCAUCGGCUGUCAACAGUUGAAAGAAGAAGGCGUUGUGGACGCACUAAAUAUUGUCUGCCAACUUCGCGUAGACAGGGGUGGAAUGGUACAAACCAGUGAGCAGUAUGAAUUUUUACAUCAUGCUCUCUGCCUGUACGAGAGCAGACUUUCAGCAGAAACUGUCCAGUGAUUCGUGGGAGACUCACCUGAUCAUCAAUCUCUGGGGUGAUUAAUCAAAUCACCCACUUGAGGCUUCUCUAAGAAGCUUCCUGCAAUGGAAGGAAAGCUGCUCUGAAGCCAACCUGUGGCAUGGAUCAUGGAAGACUUGGCAACGUGUUCAAGAUUGCCAGCCCCUUGUGUACAUGAAUGCAUUUGUAAGCACCCCCCAAAUUAUUCUAAAGGCCCUAUGCUGAUGGAGGUAUGAUACAUUUCCCACACAGUCUAAGGUGGAUUUUGUUUUGUCUGUGUUGUCUAUCUGACACACAGAACAUGUGUAUGUAAUAUUCAGUGGUAUCUGUCAUCAAGGGAUGACUAGAAGAGCUGCUAAAGAAAUCAUUAUUGUGUGUUUAGAUGCUUUAAUGUUUGCAGAGUCUGUCUUGUGAAUGGACUGUCAGCUGUUCAACUGUUCCUGUUUUAAGUGCUAUUACCUAUCUCAGUUACUGGAAUCUUGCUGCUAAAGUCGCAAGUGAUUGACAAUGGAUUUUUAACAAAUAAGUUUUUGUUUUUGAAAAAAAAUCAAAAGCAGUUAAUAUUUUAUAUGGAAAUGUGUCUUGAUAAUAUUAUCUAUUAAAUGUGUAUUUAUAGUACCUCCCAUCAAUUACAGAGCACAAUGAUUGUCAUUGGAUAUAUAUGUACUUAUUCUAUUUCCCAUUAGGCAUAGAGGUGUGUUCUGCUCCAGAAUUCUAUCCACUAUAUUUCUACAUUGUGAAUUGUUUUACUUCAAAAGGGAAAAACAAAUUUGUAGCAACUAAAAAGCAUCCAAAUUUAAUCCUUGUCUCUCUUUUACUAAGAAGGGAGUUUUGAAUAUGCUGUCUACCUGGAAUCUCUCCUAAUUAAAGGCAGAUACCUUUGGGGAUGUUGUAGCCACUCCCAAUUCCAGAGGUUCUUCAAAAGGAUGCUGCCAUGUAUGUCCUUACAUUUCUGAAAGGUUUUAAUCCUCAAGAGACAAAUAAAAUUAAAAUAACUACACUCAGCAAACACCUAGAUGUUCCACUCAAAAAUGAAUUUUUAAUGCAGCGAUGUUGACUUUGUUUCAUACUGCCAAUAAACUACUCUUAAUACUAAA